AUGGGAAUUCCUGUUCACUCCGCGCCGCCCGAUGCGCGAACCAACUACAUCAUUGACCAGCUCGAAGGCGAGCGCAUCACCAUUCCGGGGAGCAAGGGCGUGUUCCGCAUCCUUGCAUCCUCCAAGCAGACCAACGGCGGCAUCGCCGUAUUCAGCAGCGGUGCCGUCUUGUCCGAUGCCCCGGGCUUCCACUGGCAUGCCGAGGCGCACGACGUCUUCCUUGUCACCAAGGGUUUCCUGAAGCUAUGGAAUGGCGACAAGUGCAGGAUCAUGGGACCCGGUGAUUUCGCAUACGUGCCACCCAAAGUCAUCCACAACCCCGAACUCCUGGGGCCUCACACCGAAACUCUGGGUCUAGUCGCGCCCGGCGACUGGGUCGAUUUCUUCCGCUACGUCGCCGAGACAUACAACGGCGUCAUCGUUCCCGAAAACGACGACCGCAACCUCAAGGCAUCCAUCAUCCCCAAGGUCAUGGCGGCCAAGGACCGGUUCGACGUCCACUUUGAGCGUGACUACCGGCCGCCCGAAGUCGGCGACUGGCUGGACACUGAGAACGUCCUCCCGGCGCCGCUGGAGCCCUACUUCCUGCGCGCCAACACCGGGCCGAGGUGGAUGCUCGGCGGCGUCAUGUCGCGCCCCUUUAUCAAGGCUUCUCAAUGCGCGGGCAAGUUCGCCAUCUCGAGUAUUGAGUCGAGCAAUCAGUAUGCCGACGAGUCGCCCUUCAAGUGCAGGUGGCUUAGCUUUGCGACGGUCGAUCACUGCUUCUGUGUCACGGAGGGGUUGCUGAGGGUGCGGUUGAGGGGCGAGGAAGACUCGGCCGAGGUCAGGGAGGGCCAGACGCUGGUCAUCUCGGCGGGUCAAGCGUUCAUGCUGGAGUUUGCGAGCCGGUAUGUGCGGGCCAUCAGCUUCACCAACGGGCCGGGCAUUGAAGACCUGGUACACACGGCCGGGCAGCCGUAUUCCAACUUUGUGCUGCCCGAUGCCGUUGCUCCGUGGGAUGAGGAGAGGUUGCGAGCGGCGUGUGUUGAGAUGUGUGUACAGCUAGAUGCAUGA